AUGAACGGAUUAGCACGACUCCAGCGUUCUUUUCCGCUAAAAGAAAACGUAACUGAAAGUACCACUGAUAAUAGUACGAAUGAAUACCAAAGGUACUUAGAAGGAUAUAAGACCCCUAAGCACGCACCAUUGCCUCUUUUGGAACAUGCUCGUGUUACUGCGUUUACCGGAUGGGAAGACGAAGAACUUGGACAGACCAUAGAACUGACCAAUGAACUUGAUAAGCUCUAUGCCAAGUUCACUCAAUAUCACUUUGAGUUGGAGAACUACUGUGACCGUUUGAAGCCCCUUGAGAAGGGCAUUGACGGGUUUCAUGAUCAAUUGAGUCAUUUAGCAGCAAACUUUGCGUUAUUGCAACAAGAAUCCACAAAAUUACAAGUUGAAUUGGAGAAACUGGUCAAUAUCACUAAUAAAUUGAAUCCCAUAUUACUUGACUUAACGAUCCCUCCGGAGGUGGUCAAGCUGGUGGCUAAUGGACCAAUAAAUUCACUGUGGGUUGAGAAUAUUCAUUUUGUUAAUGAAAAGAGCAAUCUCAUAGCCAAUGUGAAACAGAAUAAAUUACCGGAUAAACACUUACAAGAAAUGUAUUUGAACUCGACACUGUUCCACCAAUUGGAAGAACGGGUCGAGUUAUUAGCAUUCAAAAUCGUCGAAAGAGUACGUGAUUUUAUGAUCUUAAAGAUCAAACAACUUCGAUCGACUAAAGCAUUAUUUUCCUCCCAAAAGAUUCAAUCUGAUUUGCUUGAAGUCAAAGAAGCAUUUGCAUUUCUUCAAGAAAGACAUAGAGAUUUAGCCAAUAAUCUUCAAUUGGCGUACAUUUACACUAUGAGAUGGUAUUACCAUACACGAUUUGCCAAAUACAUUCAUUCAUUAGAGAAGUUACGGUUAUACAACAUUGAUUCUAGUAAUUUGCUUGGAACUCCUGCAGAAGACAGAUACAGUAUAUUAAGUGGACCAAGUGGUGGUGGGUUCAGUUCGUGGUUUGGUACAUCUUCUAGAACCAUAGGUUUGUCGACUUCUCUGCAACUGCAGCAACUGCAGCUGCAGUUGCAGCUGCAAUGGAAUCAAGUGUCACCUACAGAAUACUUGAAUUCUAUUCAUAAAAGAGUAGAGAUCAUUCGACAAAAUGAAUCUUCAUCUCAACUAGCAAUGCCGUCUCAGAUUGCAGAAACAAAUUCAACACCUUAUUGGAUGGAAUUUGUAUUUAAUCAAUGGUCAGUAGCAUUAGAGAGUAAUAUCAUAGUGGAGUAUUUAUUUAUGGUUGAGUUUUUCUAUCAAGAAGAAGAGAAGUUUUCACCAUUAGAAGAUUUAUAUCCUGAAGGUACCACCAGUACCACCUCCAUUAAAAGAGAUUGGUCUUCAUUAAUGUUUGAUAAAGUUUUCAAUAUUGGAUUGGAAUUUGUGGGCUAUUUAUUAACUCAAGUUCAAGCAAAUAUCUCUCAACACGGAAGAACUACAGUUUCUGGAAGAGUUGUUAACCAAUUGCUGGUAUUAAAUGCCCCAGGAACGACCUGUGAUGCUUAUGCGUUGUUAUUAAUGAUUCGUUUAGUACAGAAAUCACAACUGGCAUUGCAUAAUAAGUUUCAUAUUCCAACCAUGGACGAUUAUCAUCAUCAAGUUUUAAUGCUAUUAUGGCCCCAUUUCACCAAGAUUAUAGACUUACACUGUGAUUCCAUGAAGAAGAGUAUACUCCAAUCAACUGAUAACAAGUCGUUAGCUCCAAUUGCAUUAACGCAACAGUUUGCUCAGUUUCUUCUGGGAAUAUUAACCUUGUGCAAUUCUGCUGGUGACCAAGAUUAUAAGGGAGAACCAAUAGUGGUUUCCAUUGGACGACUCCGGAAUGAUUUCGAAGGUGUUCUUACCAAAGUCAGCAAUAAUUCAUUCAGAAGCUCCAAACAAGUGGAAAGAGAAAUUUUCUUAUACAACAACUACUUUUUAGUAGUGAAUAUUCUUCGUAAUGAGUUUGGGUCGUCGUCGUCAUCAACCUGUAACAUUAGUGACAUUGUCGAAGAGCAGAUUAACCAUUUUGAAAAGGUAUGUCUUGCCUAUAAGAGAACAUGA